UUAAAGGAAGUAGUCUUCCCUCCCCCCAAAAGUUAUUUUGCAAUAAAGAAUCUUUACCGAGAAAAGGACAUUAUGAAAGGAAGAUAGUGUGUCUAAUACUUUAUUUAGAGGUUAACGCUUAUCGCUACGCUUUAGGGGUAAAAAAGUUAAUGGACAUUACACCUAAAUCGACCUUAAAGGCUGUUUUGAGAGUCAAAUCUCACGAUAAGCAGUUAUGAACGAGAAUUUUGACCGUGCUCCGGGUGCAGGGAGAAGCCGCCACCCAGCAGCAGACCCCGGGGUCAUGGCUAAUCUCGGCCACGAUGAUAAGAAAAGCAUGUUUCUGAACCAACUGGAGCCGCUAAGACAGCCCCGAACCACACCGCCUGUUGCCGAAAACAGCGCAGCGACCACCAUUAGCAUCGGUGCAGGAGGAGACUCUCAAAACCAAAGCAAAACCCAACAAAAUGUGACUGCCAACAACUUGGCGAAUACCAGAGAGUAUUAUGAUGUCAAUUUCUUGGUCCAGUCAUCAAACCUGUCUGCUAGUGCUCCAGAAUUUGUCCCCUUUGGACUGAACCCUCAUGAGGACCCCAGUUUGUCUAACGACAGUGAGGACUAUUACGGCGAGCCACCACUGGCUGAAAUGGUCACAGAGUUCCUCGCUCACCUGAGCUCUUCUCCAGGAUCCUUUGACUCAGAUAUCGAGUACAUAACUGGAGUGUUCAACUCCUGUGUUACCACUGAGGAGCUGCUGCAGGAUCUGGUGGAGCUGGUUUACACACAGUCUACUGCCAUUCCAAACUUCUCCUAUACUGGAGCCAGGCUCUGUAACUACUUGUCCCAUCACCUGGCGAUCAGCCCACAGAGCGGCAACUUUCGUCAGCUGCUCCUAAAACGGUGCAGGACAGAAUAUGAACAAAGAGAUGCAGCUGUCCGAGGGGACCCGGACACUCAGAAGAAAUUUCACUCCUUUGUGCUUUUUCUGGGUGAACUCUACUUAAAUCUAGAGAUAAAAAAUCCAAAAGGACCUCCUAGAAGAGCUGAAAUCCUGCUCUCUGGCCUCAAUGACCUGCUGCACAGUCUGUUCUCCAAUCCUGUGAAUUCAAAUCUCAUCUGUGCUGUCAAACUGCUCAAGCUGACCGGUUCUGUCUUGGAUGAUGCCUGGAAGGAAAGUGGAAAACCGCACAUGGAAGAACUGAUCCAAAGAAUAGAAACAAUUCUUCUUGAUGCUAAAUGUGACAGGAAUGUGAGAGAGAUGCUCCUGAAGCUUGUAGAGCUUAGAUCCAGUAACUGGGGGCGUGUCCACGCUGCUGCUGCAGCCAGUAACGCCACGCCAGACAACGACCCCAACUAUUUCAUGAAUGAACCCACAUUCUACACAGAGGAUGGGACGCCUUUCACAGCCGCAGAUCCAGAAUAUGCAGAAAAAUACCAGGAGCUCCUCGAGAGGCAAGACUAUUUUCACGACUUUGAUGGGGAGAAUGGAAACGAAGGAGAUGACUUUGAAGAUGAGAUGGGCCCAGAGAUGGAAGAAGCUUUUGAGAGUUUCUGUUUAGAAUCGGAGCGGAAACGACAGCAACGCUUGUGAGACUGUCCGGCUGCUGGCUGGAACCCCCCCACUCAUCUUCUCGGCAUGUCGAAAAGCAAGCAUUGCAUCAGACGGGCUCUUAUUUUACCGGAAACAACUCUUAAAGAAAUGUUUAUAGUUGCACUUCUGUCACUUUCUUCAGUUAGAGUUCAUUAGAAAGUGGGACAAUCAGUUGGACGGCUUCCUCUUGUUCCAUCCUGACAGUUUUCUCUUUGUUGCUUUGAGUUUCGUUUCUAACUAUUAGGCCUAAUCAGAAAGCAUGGAGGACAUGAUGUGCAGUGGAUUUCAGUUAUUCCUCUGAAAGGCUUUCUAGUUGAGUUAAACAUGUCAUUACUCAGGCUCAAACCAUAUUUCUAAAGCUAUUUUCAUAGAUUUUGUUCUCCCCAUAUUCAUUACACUAGCCUUUACAACAAGAACAAAAAGCUAAAUAUUUCUGCUAAAAGUUGUGCAGUUGGAGAUGUUUUGUCAAAUAUUUGAAUUUUUAUUCUGAAGUAGAAAGUUAAAACUUUUCAAUUCUUUUUUUUUGUUAUCUCUUCUUUAGGUAAAACAUUUUAAUUGAUUUCUACAAUUAAUGACCAGUUCCAAACUGAAAAGUUAAUAUUUUUAAAAGCAGUAUUUCUUUCUUCUUCAACAUCUCCAAUAAACUAACUCCUUCCAACUUGAAGGCGAGGUUUAGGACUCCGCAGCGCUUUCAUCGUUCUUCUCCAAGACUCAGACUGUUCACCGGCAAACAAAGGAUCUGAAAUCAGCAAAUGUUGUUUUAUAGUUUGUACAUAUUAUUUAUAGCAUCAUUUGCCUGCAAUAAAUUCUUAAUGUGAUA